GUCGGGCCCAGCGAGGGCCGGGCUGCCAGAGUUGGGGCGGAGGGGACAUUCGUCUGCGAGGAGCCCCGGAGCCGGCGGAGGGCGGGGAGCCGGGCGACGCGGCUGCUCCUGGAGAGCCGUUCGGCGAGCUGGGAGACCCUGCGCCCCAGCUUCUGGGCCCCCGCCCCCUCGCGGUCUCCGCCUCCUUCGCUCACACACCUCCCGGGCCGCUAGAGCCCCAGGCCUUCUCGGCUCUCUCCACACUCGCCCGCGACCCGGGUUCUCCUGCAGCCUGCUGGCCUUGCUCACUCCGGAGCAAGUCCUCGUUCUCAAGCUCUUCUUUCUCUCUCUCUCUCUCUCUCUCUCUCUCUCUCUCCCUCUCUCUCUCUCUCCCUCUCCUUCUCCCUGUCCCUCUCUCUCUCUCUCUCUCUCCCUCCCUCACACACACACACACACACACACACACACGCACACACACACUCUUGCUGGGCCGUCCCUCCACUCGCCCCUUCUCCUUUCUCUUGUCCUACCUAACGCCGCCGUCGGGGGAGGAUUGAUGUCCCUUCAGCAUCAUGCAGCCGCCACCGAGGAAGGUGAAAGUUACACAAGAACUGAAAAACAUUCAAGUUGAGCAGAUGACAAAACUUCAAGCCAAACAUCAAGCAGAAUGUGAUUUGCUUGAAGAUAUGAGGACAUUCAGUCAGAAGAAGGCUGCUAUUGAAAGAGAGUAUGCACAGGGUAUCCAGAAGUUGGCUAGUCAAUAUCUGAAGAGAGAUUGGCCUGGAAUAAAAGCUGAUGAUCGGAAUGAUUACAGGAGCAUGUAUCCUGUGUGGAAAUCUUUUCUCGAGGGAACAAUGCAGGUAGCCCAGUCUCGGAUCAAUAUAUGUGAAAACUAUAAAAACUUCAUUUCUGAGCCUGCAAGGACAGUGAGAAGCUUAAAAGAACAGCAACUAAAAAGGUGUAUGGACCAGUUGACAAAGAUCCAAACUGAAUUACAAGAGACAGUGAAAGAUUUAGCUAAAGGCAAAAAGAAGUACUUUGAGACCGAACAGAUGGCUCAAGCAGUACGAGAGAAAGCUGACAUCGAGGCAAAAUCUAAGCUUAGUCUUUUUCAAUCAAGAAUAAGUUUACAGAAGGCAAGUGUGAAGUUAAAAGCCCGGCGAACUGAGUGUAAUUCCAAAGCUACCCAUGCAAGGAAUGAUUAUCUUCUUACGUUAGCAGCAGCAAAUGCACACCAGGAUCGCUACUAUCAAACAGAUUUAGUUAACAUUAUGAAGGCUCUUGAUGGAAAUGUGUAUGAUCACCUGAAAGAUUAUUUAAUAGCCUUCAGCCGGACUGAGCUAGAAACAUGUCAAACUGUGCAGAACACAUUCCAGUUUUUAUUGGAAACCUCCAGCAAGGUGGUACGGGACUAUAAUCUUCAGCUGUUUCUACAAGACAAUGCUGUGUUUCACAAACCCCAGCCCUUCCAGUUCCAGCCUUGUGACAGCGAUACUAGCCGACAAUUAGAAUCAGAAACAGGGACCACAGAGGAGCACAGUCUAAACAAGGAGGCUCGAAAAUGGGCCACACGUGUGGCACGUGAGCACAAAACCAUUGUUCACCAACAACGGGUUCUAGAUGACCUAGAAUGUCAUGGAGUCGCAGUGUCGGAGCAAAGCCGAGCAGAGCUGGAACAGAAAAUGGAUGAAGCUAAAGAAAACAUUCGUAAAGCAGAGAUAAUUAAGUUGAAAGCUGAAGCCCGACUGGACCUGCUGAAGCAGAUCGGUGUUUCUGUGGACACGUGGCUGAAGAGUGCAAUGAACCAAGUGAUGGAAGAACUGGAAAACGAGCGAUGGGCCCGCCUUCCUGCAGUGACCAAUAAUGGCACUUUACACUCGCUUAAUGCAGAUACGGAAAGGGAAGAAGGAGAAGAGUUUGAAGACAACAUGGAUGUUUUUGAUGACAGCAGUUCCAGUCCUUCUGGCACCUUAAGAAAUUAUCCACUCACCUGCAAAGUUGUUUAUUCCUACAAGGCUUCUCAACCAGAUGAGUUGACCAUUGAGGAACAUGAGGUGUUAGAAGUGAUUGAAGAUGGAGAUAUGGAAGACUGGGUAAAGGCUCGAAAUAAAGUUGGUCAAGUGGGGUAUGUGCCAGAAAAGUACCUGCAGUUUCCCACCUCGAACAGUCUGCUGAGCAUGCUGCAGUCGCUGGCUGCUUUGGACAGUCGGUCACACACAUCCAGCAAUUCCACGGAGGCCGAACUCGUCUCAGGCAGCCUCAACGGAGAUGCCAGUGUCUGUUUCGUGAAAGCACUUUAUGACUACGAGGGUCAGACAGAUGAUGAAUUAUCUUUUCCUGAGGGAGCAAUCAUCAGAAUCUUGAACAAAGAAAACCAGGAUGAUGAUGGCUUCUGGGAGGGGGAAUUCAGUGGACGAAUUGGCGUUUUCCCAUCGGUGCUAGUGGAAGAGCUCUCAGCCUCAGAAAAUGGCGACCCUCCGUGGGUGAGAGAGAUCCAGAUCUCUCCAUCCCCCAAGCCGCCCGGCUCCCUGCCUCCUCUGCCGCUGUAUGACCAGCCUCCCAGCAGCCCCUACCCCAGCCCAGAUAAGAGGAGCUCCCAGUACUUCCCCCGCUCUCCUUCAGCAAAUGAAAACAGCUUCCAUGCCGAAUCGCCAGGAUGCCCACAGGCACCAAGGCCUGCUCCUGAGACCUCACAUGGCAAACUGCGACCUGUCCGGGCAGCGCCCCCUCCGCCUACGCAGAACCACCGAAGGCCAGCAGAGAAGAUCGAGGACGUGGAAAUCACACUGGUGUGAUGAUGGGUUUGCCCGUCUGUCACUGCUACAAUCAAGGCCAGGCUUGGAGUGUGGCCAGUCUUGCUUUUUUAGGCACCUUUGCAUGAUGAUGACUCUUAAGCAGAGCAAACCCAGGAGGAUUGUUUGUGACCGGGUGGCCUGGUGGACUCCUCCCACAUUUUGAAUAUUUUGUGCCUUUUUUUGUUGUCAUUUUCUAUGUCAUCUCUCCUACCAUAGCACAAAUCCUAGUGGGCCCUUGAAACAGAGGGGAACAGCCCUCGUGCCUAACAGUGGCCCAUUUUUAUAUGAGACUCAAGACCAGGCCUCCUUCAAGGCACAGUCACAGAGAUACUGAUCAUGUGCACUCGUACAGUAUAUUACUGUGGCCACAGGAUGUGGCAAAGAUUCUCAUCUGCAAGUGGCUUUUGCUCAUCUGAUUAAAGUUAAUCAGAUCAUGUUGGCUACAUAGGAAGCAGGAGGAGGGAUUUCAGGGAGGCUGGCUCCUCCCCGCAGUUAGUCCCGGGACUGAGAAAGUGGAACCUUAGCGGAAACAAGUGGACUGCCCUGAGUUUAGCGCCAAUUGCAUUAAUGCACAUCUCUUCCACAACUAACAGAUCUAAAACAAUAACAGUGUCUUUUGUAUUAAUAUUUAUGCCAUUCAUUUAGUAUUAGUGAAGCUAAUCUGGAGGGGCUGAACUAGUAGCCAAAUCUCGUCCAUCACAUAGACUAAUAGAAAGGAGGCUGCGGCUAAAGCAGAAAUGGAACUUCCAGAUCUGAAGUAAGCCGAUUUAAUGUUCUUAUUGUAUUUGGGUAUUUCUCGGCUUAAUAUUUGCAGCACAUAGUCUUCUGACCGAUAUCCUCAGAAUUUGAAUGUCUAGAUAAAUUGGGGACACAUACUUGCCUUGUUGAGCACGUCUACUGGAGAGCCCCUAGCAUCAUUUUGUUCCCAAGCCAGUAUACUGGCCCAGCCAGCCGGGCUGUUGACGGGUCCAGAGCAGCGGUCAGCCCCAAUGGAAAACGCAGCUUCCCAGGUCCCACUGACCUGACCUGUCCUUGGGAGGAAGAACCUGUGGCUCAUGGAGGAAACCAGCUUCCUGUGAAAAAGGACUAAAGGAUUGCACGCCCUGCACAAGUGCAAACGGAUGAGGAAAAGACAAGUUCUGCACAUCGUGGAGCGAGCCGGGGGUAACCCUCCCACGGGCGAGCAAGCCCACCGCAGCGGGUGUCCCGGAGUCGGCCUGUGUGGGCUCCCCACCUCCUAUGGAAGACAGGGAAUGCAUUACCUAGCAACCAAGGGAUAUUUGCCAGUGGCUUUUUUUUUUUUUUUAAGAAAUCAAAUAUGCAGAAUUUAAUCUAAAAGUUGUAUUAUGCUUUGAAAACAUGAUCCCUCCUACCACCCUGAAAACUUGAAAUGCUCGCCAAAUGUCCCCAUGGGAUUUUUUUAAGGUCAUAGCUGAAGAAAUUUUCAGUUCAUCAGUUGAUCAUUUCAGUGACAAUACCCAUUGAUGAAUCUUCUCUGUGAUUUGGGGUUUUGGGUUUCCUUUUCGUUUUUGUUUUUUUGUUGUUUUUGCAUUUCUUAACCUGUUGAUCUAUUUGAGGUCUUUUUCAUUAUCAAACUUAUUCUUAAGUUUAAAAAAAUUAAUUAAAAGGGUGAUUUUUUAAGAGUUUAAGUUUGUCUACAUGUUAAACAUCUGUAAGGCACUUUAAAAAUCUUCAAAGUGCUUAAAUUAGGCAGAUCUUGCCACCCAGCCUUGUGUUCUCUUUAGCUAGCCAAAUUGUCCUUGAAUCUGAGUUUUCCACAUUCUGAGAGGGUUAUUUGAAAUUUUUUGUUAUAUUUUAAAUAUUUUUUUGAAGAGCUGCUAAUUUUAUUUUAAAAAAAACAAAGUUGUAAAAAUAAGCCUCCUUUUUAAAAAGAACCCCUCCCUCCAGGACAUGGAACCCAGCGUCCCGGUGCGCGGGCCAGCCCAGUGGGCGUGCCUGUGUGCAGGUGCGCUUCCUUUACAGUGGCUGUACAAAGUUUGUAUUUAUUAUGUAUAAAAUGUUGAGUAAUAA